AUGUCAUUGCUUGAGAGCCGAACGGUUCCUCUGUGGAUCGGCAAUAAAGCAGUCUUGUCCGGCAUUACAUUCCCAGUAACCAACAGUGCCACCGGUGAGUCCCUAACGGCACACGGCGCUACACCAGAGAUUGUUCAGAAUGCAGUGGACAGUAGCUACCAGGCCUUUAACACCUGGAAACGGAGUAGUCCAUGGCAGCGGCGGGAGCUGCUCACCAGGGCAGCGAAUCUGCUACGAGAGCGUAGAGAAGAAGCGGCAGCUAUCUUACGGGUCGAGACUCCAAUUGACGAUUUCAUGGUCCAUCAGAUCAAUAUUCAGACCAGUAUUGACCUCUUGGAAGAACUAGCGGGUCAGAUCAUGCACACCAUGGAUGCUGUCGUCCAGCCCAAACCUCUCGGUGUUCAGGUCGGCAUUGCACCAUGGAACGCCUCAUUAUUUCUCGGUAUGCGAGCAGUAGCAACUCCCAUAGCUUGCGGCAACACGGCGAUUCUCAAGGCCUCAGAGAAGACCCCAAUGGCUCACCAUUUCAUCGGUCGGCUUUUUCACGACGCAGGCUUCCCAGCGGGUGUCCUCAAUGUCAUACAGCAUUCCCAGGAAGACGCUGUAUCGAUUGUGAACGCUCUCGUCUCGGACAGCCGUGUACGGAAGAUUAAUUUCACAGGCAGCACGGCAGUGGGCAAGAUUAUCGCAGCCAACGCUGCAAAGCACUGUAAACCAGUUUUGCUAGAACUGGGCGGCAAGUCCGCACAGCUCGUGCUCCCAGAUGCUGACCUAGACAAGGCAGCGCAGGCAGCCGCUAUUGGGGCUUUCACACACCAUGGCCAGGUGUGCAUGUCGACAGAGCGGAUCCUUGUAAGUGAAAGUGUCCUCGAUAAGUUCUCAGAGAAACUCGCCGCAAGUUCGAUGCGGUUCAGUGAGAACGUUUGCCCUGGGGCUUCGGUCGAACAUACAUCGAAGGUCACAUCACUUCUAGAGGAUGCCCGGGCAAAGGGAGCAAGAAUUCUAGGCGGGGGAGAGGGUGCGCAUCAAGAUGGCUCUUUCUUGACACCUCGGAUCCUUGUCAAUGUGACUAGGGAGAUGAAGAUCUGGCAUACUGAAACAUUCGCCCCAAUCGCCCUGCUCAUCCCUUUCAGCACAGUCGACGAAGCUGUAGCACUGGCCAAUGAUACGGCAUACGGCUUAUCGGCAAGUGUCUACACGGCCAACAUCCCACUAGCAAUUGAGAUUGGGCGGCGUCUUGAGAGUGGUUCAGUCCACAUCAACUCCAUGACAAUCCAUGACGAGGCGCAUAUGCCUCACGGAGGCGUCAAAGAGAGCGGUUGGGGCCGAUUUGGGCCAGGAUUUGCCGAGUUUACACAAUUAAAAACGAUCACCAUCACAGAUACGCAUCUGGCAGGCUAA